AUGGCGAACAAAAUCGUAUGUGUCCUGGGAGUUAAUUUUUGUGUUUUACUUACAGAAACAAGGAAAUUAUCGUCUUACUGUAAAUACACAAUCAGUCACUAUGGUUAUAGAAAUGAAAGGUUCUGCUAUCUUGGUUGCUGCAGCCAUAUUAAUGUGUACAAUCCAUGCUGUUCAUCCCCAGAGACUGACUACACAACUAACCUUUACAACGAUUAUCAAAGCAACGCAAUAUCUAUAGAAGCGAUUGCUGGAAUAGGGAUAGGCUGUUUAGUAGGCUUGUUGAUAUUUAUAACUGUAACUGUCUGUGUUUGUAAGGCAAACCGUAAAACUGCAUAUGGAGAACAAGUAACAACAACAAAUCGUAGAACAACAGUGUCUUACACCAGUACGUCAAAUAGUACACAUAUACAGCCACAUGCACAACUUAACGAUAGUCAAGUAAAUAGAACAGCCACUUGUGAACCAUCAGCCCUAGAAAAUGGAAACGAAAAUAGUUCGACCCUGCCCCCGUCAUAUGCAAGUGUUAUAAAUAAUCCGGCGUUAUAUCAGCUAACAGGAAAUAUACAGACAUUAUGUGUUACGCAAUGUGAACAUACAAUGACAACACUCCUCAAAUUUGACACGAACUUCAGAAACCAGUGAACAUAAUAACAAUCCAUUGUAUGUCAAUAUUACGACAUCGACAUCAACUGUUUGACAUUCAGACUGAUGAUAUAAUUAUAUAUCUAUUACAGUAUAACUUGUCUUAUCUGACAUCGAGCAUUCAAACAUCCCGCUUUAA